UCUAUCCAUCACAUAUCUCAGCUGACAAAAGCCAUAUAGCUGUUGCGUAAGAGAUUUCGAACCUACUUUGAUUCCUUCACCUCCAUAGACAACAACCAUUCACCCUUUUCAACUCUCUUACACCACUCUCCUUCCUUGGAUUACUUUCUUUAUUACAUCAAUCCAGUAAAUUUCCAGCCUUUCAGACAGGGAGUGACAGGAUCCCAUAAUCUGAAACAAUCCCAACUUUGUUAUUUUCCUUAUUUGGGAAUCCCAGUCAAAACUCAAAACUUGUUUUUCCAAAAUUUUGUCCUUAUUUUCUGUGAUUUUUAACCAAAGCCCACUAGUCAAAUCAAACCAAAAUUUAAUUUUCCUUGGAUUAAUUUCUUACAAGGCUUCUGGUCAGGUGAUUCAAGUUAUCAACUUUCUAAAUUGGGUUAUCUUUUCUAAUUCUUAACGAGAUGAAUUUCAGGAGCUUGGAAGAGUUUUGGGCCUUUUAUGUGAAUCAGCACUCAAAACCAUCUACAAGGCGCUGGCACUUUGCGGGCACACUCUCGAGUAUUCUAUUAUUGAUAUAUUCUGUGUUGUUUAAUUGGUGGUUCUUGUUCUUUGUGCCCAUAUUUGGUUAUGGACUUGCCUGGUACAGCCAUUUCUUUGUGGAAGGGAAUGUUCCUGCCACUUUUGGGCAUCCAUUUUGGUCCCUUUUAUGUGAUUUCAGGAUGUUUGGAUUGAUGCUUACUGGGAAAAUGGAUAGAGAGAUCAAGAGGCUUGGAAAGAGACCUAUCUUACAGGGCUUCUAAGGCUCUUAUUAAGGCUGGAGUUUUGCCAAGAGCGAAAAGCCGCAAAUAAAGUCAGGGAGAUUGCGUGUAAGAAGAGCCCGUAGACAUUGCUUCACUCCAGAUAAAU